AUGACAGAAAUGGCAAAUCUUCUACAGGUUCCAUUAAAACAAGGAACAAACAAAAAGGGUGCAUAUAAUAGAACUAUGAAAGUUCCUGAUGGAAUGAAAGAAUUAGUUCAUAUUGUUGCUGGUCUUCAAAAAGAUGUUAAACAAAUGAGAAACGUUUUAACAUUACCAGAAGCUCAAGCAUAUGCCAAACGUCAAGGUCCAAAUUGGGAAGCACACGAAGCAGACAUUACGGGUCCAAAUGGAAAACCUGAUGGUAUAAAUGAAGUUUUCAUUACUGAUGGUCAAGGUAAUAUUAAAGUCAUAAAUGGUUACAAAUUAACUAUAACUGAUUAUCCUAAACGUAAAGCAUAUAAUGAACGUUAUCCUAUGCAAUUUGAUGAAAAUGGAAAAGCUGUUAAACAAUACAUUGGAGAAGGUGAAAAUGGUCCAAUUAAUUCAUACCGUUAUAAUCCAUAUUCUUAUUUCAAUGAAGAAUUAAAUGCUAUUGAAGAGGGACCGGAUGGAUUACCACGAUAUUCUAACCAGUUUGA